AUGCUUUCGAUACAACGACGAUUCUUGAGUCGUUGUGCCGAUCUGCUUCGUACAGAAACGGCACGAACCUAUUUUGAAGUUAUAUUCUCUAAACUGAAAGCACUCCAGAAGGAUGGGAAGGACGAAUCGAGGAUUAAUAAUUCUGCUUUAGUCACACAUUUAGAAACCGUAACAACAUUGGCUCACAAGUUUUACGAUAAAUUGGAAAUGCUCACUCAGUUAGAUUUACUUCUGAAAGAGGGAAAUGAUCCAGAAAUCCAAGAAAUUGCGAAGUUGGAUAGUGAACAAUUAACGGAGGAAUUGGAUAGUGUUGUUAACAAAUUAACCGAUGUAGUAAUACCUGUUACCGAAUACGAUUUGCUGAACAACUGUCAGCUAGAAAUCACUCCAGGUGUAGGUGGUGUUGAAGCAUCUUUAUUUGCAUCCGAAUUAGCUCAAAUGUACCAUAAUUAUGCGCAAUUUAUGAAAUGGAAGUGGACACCUUAUCAAAUGGAUGUUUCACCAUCGGGAGGCAUACGUAGUGCUGUAGUUUUUGUGCGAGGUAAUGGAGCAUUUCGAACGCUACGGUAUGAAGCCGGUGUUCAUCGCGUACAGAGAUUCCCGGUAACGGAUAAAACACGCAUGCAUACAAGUACAUCCGUUGUAGCCGUCCUUCCGGAACCAGAUAAGAUAGAGGCUUGCGUGACACCGGCUGAUGUGAAGGUAGAAACAAUGAGAGCUUCGGGUCCUGGUGGCCAGAACGUCAAUCAACGAUCCACGGCAGUCCGCUUAACUCAUCGUGAAACAGGUGUAACAGUGCAUUGUACUGAUGAAAGGACGCAAUAUUCUAAUAUGGAGAUAGCAUACAAACGAUUAGCUGCUAUACUGUUACAACGGAAACUUGAUGAAACACAGAAGCAAUACUCAUCAUCCAGAAAACUACAAAUAGGAACUAAGGCACGAGCCGAAAAAGUGCGAACAUACAACUUCAAAGAUGAUCAAGUCACAGAUCAUCGUUUGGGUAGAGCUUGGCAAGGUGUUGCAAACGUUAUGAAGGGAAAUAGUGUCUUAAAUCAGAUAAUUCAAUCUCUGGAUGAAUUGUCCAAAGCUCAGUACUUGAAAGAAGUCUUGAACGCAGGGGAUUGUACUGCAAAACAUGCUAGUUUCUAA